AUGGCUUAUAUCUUGAAGCUCCAUGUGUUAAAAAGCAUGAUCCAAGAUAUGCCAUUGAAAGAAAGAAACGCUUCAGUUAUUCAGAAGGAAAUAGCUGUAGCGCACCGGGUGAUAGACAUGCAGGCCCAUGGCAAGGCAGCAUACUAUUGCCUGAGCAUGAGAGUGGCCCACCAGCUCAGACCAUCCUCCCUGGAGCAGCUCCUCCUCAAACACCACGCCAUCUCUGUCACUAGGGACAGUGAUUCAGUGACAAAGCCGGAGCAGCAGAGCCACGGGAUGAGGCCCCAGACAGCAGACCUGAGGAACAGCAGCACAGUGACCGAGUUCAUCCUCGUGGGCUUCGAGCAGAGUUCCCCUUCCACACGAGCUUUGCUCUUCAGCCUCUUCCUGGCUCUCUACAGCCUCGCCAUGGCCAUGAAUGGCCUCAUCAUCUUCAUCACCUGGACUGACCCCAGGCUCAACAGCCCCAUGUACUUCUUCCUUGGACACCUGUCUUUCCUGGACAUCUGCUUCAUCACCACCACCAUCCCACAGAUGCUGAUCCAUCUGGUGACCAAGGACCACACGGUAUCCUUUGCCUCCUGUAUGACCCAGAUGUACUUGGUCUUUCUAGUGGGUGUGGCCGAGUGCAUCCUCUUGGCUUUCAUGGCCUAUGACCGUUAUGUCGCAAUCUGCCACCCACUGAACUAUGCCCAGAUCAUGAGCCAGCAGGUGUGUGUCAGGCUGGUGUGUUCUUCCUGGAUCUUUGGGAUGGUCAAUGGCAUCUUUCUUGAGUACAUGUCAUUCCGGAAUCCCUUCUGCAAAGACAACCACAUAGAAAACUUCUUCUGUGAGGCCCCCAUAGUGAUUGCCCUCUCCUGUGGGGACCCUCAGUUCAGCCUGAAGUUGAUCUUUCUUGAUGCCAUUGUGGUGCUGCUCAGCCCCAUGGUGCUCAUUGUCACCUCCUAUGCCCGCAUCCUGACCUCCAUCCUCAGCAGAGCCUCCUCCUCAGGCAGGGGGAAGACCUUUUCUACUUGUGCCUCUCACCUGACUGUGGUCAUCUUUUUAUACACCUCAGCCAUGUUCUCUUACAUGAACCCCCGCAGUACACACAGACCUGACAAAGACAAGUCUUUCUCUCUCCUCUACACCAUCAUCAUGCCCAUGUGCAACCCCAUCAUCUACAGCUUCCGUAACAAGGAAAUGAAGGGGGCCAUGGGGAGGGCCCUUGGGAGAGGCAACCUGGCUUAG